UCCUCUUCUUCUUAUCUUGACCAUACAUAUCCGCUUCCUUUGAGCUUGUACGGUGAUCAUGAAGCGCAUCUUUAACUCUAUCAGCAAGCGGACUAGUCCGACGCGCCCCAGUCUUGCAACAACUACAGCUUAUCCAGAUGACUCGCCUGAGGGGAUCAUUCUACGAGAAGUGACCGCAUUUUGCGAAGAAGGUGCGAACAGUGUUGGAAAUGAGUACGUCCAUCUGCCGGGCAUCGUCGAAAACGCCGAGUCGAGCCCCAACGCAGCUCGCGAAGCCGGAUUGCUGAUCCGCAAGAUCCUGUCGGAACCUUCGAAGCAACCCACUCAUGUGCAGUACAAUGCCAUCAUGCUGAUUCGCAUCCUCGCCGAUAAUCCGGGCCAUACAUUCUCGCGCAACAUCGACGCCAAGUUCGUUGCUACGAUCAAGGACCUCUAUAAACAGGGCAGGGAUCACCGCGUUCACGGCUUUCUGAGAGAGACCCUGGAUGCUUUGGAGUUGCAGCGAUCGUGGGAUGAUGAUCUCAAGCUUCUUUUGCAGAUGUGGAGCGCCGAGAAGGCUAAAAGCAACAGCCGGCCUAACGGGUUGCGUGCUAGCCGGAGUUCAUCGCAAGUGCGGGCGCCUCUACUGAGUCAGAAUCACUUUGCUCCUCCAAGACAACAGAACACGCUCCCACAGCCUGAGGAGCUUGCUGAGCGCAUUUCCGAAGCAAAGACUUCGGCGAAAUUGCUCACGCAGUUUGUCCAAUCCACCCCUCUCACAGAGUUGCUCGAGAAUGAUCUCAUCACUGAAUUCUCCGACCGGUGUCGCACGGCGUCUCGCGUGAUUCAAAACUAUAUCCAUGCGACGAACCCAGCGCCCGAUGAGGAUACGUUGUUGACGCUGAUUCAAACCAACGACGAACUCACUGUGGCUCUGUCAAAUCAUCAGCAUGCCCUGCUUCGGGCGCGUAGAUCGCAGGGCCCAAGCGGUAGUCAGUCUCCGGCAACAUCAUCCAACAACGAGACUGCAGCGUCUGGUGCUGUGCAACCACACGCAGCACCUCCAGUGCCACCCAGAGAGCCGCAACGUACCUUCUUGCCAUCUUCUGCCUCGGAACCAGUGAUGCCGGGCCCUUCGGGGUCGUCUAGCAACAACGGCGGUUGGAACGACCAACGGUCGGGAGGUAGCGAGGACCAAGACCCGUUCGCAGAUCGCCACACCACUACCACCGCCGGCCCUUCAACGUAUGGUGAGCCGAGGUUGGACGGGCCGAGCAGCGACUGGUGGAAGGAAGCACAACAGCCAGGCCAGCAUUCUUAACGCCCCCCUUUCCUUUCAUUCCUUGUAUGUUUUUUAUGAUGUAGCGAUACCUCGACAUGAUACCUCUCUGCAGAACAGUGUUAGAUUGAGCCUACUAUUCUUAUCGUCUUUCCUAUUAUUCUACUAUUGGUGUGUGGUGGGUCGUAUUACGCUGGCCCUGAACCUGACUGGAGCAGCCGCCAUGGAUUGGAAUCUGGCUCGGAUAUUGCAAUGCUCGUCCCGAAUAGAUGAACCAGCUGCAUCCCAAACCUCGGUCUGGGCAGGGGUGGAAAUGCUUGAUGGACUUUUCCUGGCUAACGGCGGUCUUAGCUCGAACCGGAAGCGCCAUCCGCCGUCAUCGGGCUGAAAGAAAAACAAUACCUGUCUAGAUAACGGGGAGGGGGAAGGCAGAGGCAAAGCAAGGCCAGGAGAUUUAGGAGUGUCCGCUAGAGAGAAAAGCGUGUAGCAUGAGAAUCGAUGUCUGGCUGGGCAAGGCGCGGAAUUAAU